ACGCGAUUCUGCCAAGGUCCAGGUUUUCAGUGGAAUGAUCCUCAUCAAUAUAAGCAUCCAAUGAACGAUAUUGACAAAAGUACCCCUUGGGAGGAAAAGACAAGCAAAGAUAAGCGGGAUCCAAUCAUGCUUGAUUAACGCCACCGGAAUUGGAUACAUGCCCCAUGAGAAGAUCUGGGCCCACAAUUGCGUGCUCUUCAACUUUGUCAAAACCCAAGAGCACGGCAUCAGCCGUGGAUCCCUCACGUGGAAUACAUAUAUUGAGAUAUGGCACAUUUGCUUGACGCGGAAUAUGAGCCGUCAUGAUUCCAGAAGUUCGUGAUAAGAAAAAGACUUUAUAACCUGUGGAAAGUUACUGUGGAAGCCCUCGGCCAUCAAUCUGUCACCCAUCAUCUACGCCGGCAAGAUGGCGAAACAAGACCUGGAGCCCGUUGUUGCCUCCUCACCUGAACUUGCACCGGCGGAGAAACAACGGAGGAGAAGCAAUGCCGAUGCAGCUCUUGAGCUCCUCAACAACACGGGCGGUCUUCAACAACCCGUCGAUCCAGCCCGACAACGUCGACUCCUGAGAAAGAUCGAUCUACAUAUCAUGCCACUCAUCUGUCUUGUAUACUUUCUCCAAUACAUUGACAAGACGUCGCUGUCGUACGCUAGCGUGACUGGCCUUCGAGAAUCGGCUCAUCUUCAUGGGAAUCAGUUCAACUGGGUCGCGUCAAUCUUCUUCUUUGGCCAAUUAGCAUUCGAGUUUCCCACGAUCCGAUUGUUGCAGGUAUUCCCACUCGCCAAAUACGUCAGCGUCAACGUCGUUAUCUGGGGUGGUGUCCUAGCUGCGUUGGCCGGGUGUAAGAGCUACGGAAGUCUAUUAGCAUGUCGAUUCUUCCUCGGUGCAGCUGAGGCCGCCGUUGUGCCUGCUUGGGUUGUCUUUACAAGCCAAUGGUACCGAAAAGAAGAACAAGCGUUCCGUGUCGGCAUCUGGUUCAGCAUGUGCGGCUUCGCGCAGAUGUUCGGAGGGUACUUUGCAUACGGCGUCGCCCGACACGUGGGAGGAGAUGUCCACGCCGCGCUGCGAGGAUGGCAAAUCAUCUUUUUGAUCCUCGGUCUCUUGACCGCCGUCGUCGGCGUGAUCUUCUGGUUCGUCCUGCCAGAUUCGCCUGCCGUGGCUGGGUUCUUGUCCGAGCAAGAGAAACUCGAACACGUCGAACGGAUCCGCGGCAACGAGCAAGGCAUCGGAUCGCAGGUGUUCAAAUGGGACCAGUUCCGCGAAGCGCUGACGGAUAUCAAUACGUGGCUGUACGCGUUUUGGAUCUUUGCCGCCAACAUCCCCAACUCGAUCGCCACGAGUUUCGGCAACAUCCUCGUCACGGGCAUGGGGUACAGUAAACUCAGCUCUCUGUUGUUGGUGACUCCCUUGGGAGCGUAUGAGGUUGUUGUGCUCCUCGGCGUGACGUACAUCGCCAUGAAGACCAACCAGCGGUUGUGGUGUUGCAUCUUGACGCACAUCCCGUCCAUCGUCGGUGCCAUCUUGAUGGCUUCCACGGAAAAGGCGUCCGCCCUAGUUGGGUACUAUCUUAGCGGUGGCAUCCCGAUAGGAUGGACUACGAUUCUGGGACUUCAAGCCACCAAUGUUGCUGGGUCUACGAAGAAAAUCACCGUUACGUGUAUAGGCACGAUAGCAUACACAGUCGGAAACAUCAUCUCCCCACAGACGUUCCAAGCCCGCGACGCUCCACGAUACUUGCCCGCCAAAAUAUCAAUUGUCAUCCUCUAUUUCCUGAUCACGGUCGAUCUGUGCCUUAUUCGGAUCGUGUACGUUUAUCGCAACAAGAAGAGGGACGCGGCCAAGGCGGAACGAGGCGAGGACUAUGUGCCGGAGAAGAACCAUGAGUUUCAGGAUCUUACGGAUAUCCAGAAUCAAGAGUUUAGGUAUUCGUUGUGAUUGAGCAUAGUAGUAGAUUAGUAAUGGUAAUCAGUGAGAGAGAACAUUGAACAAAAAGGAGAAUGAGAAUAUGGUAACUUGAUACAAUGUGUUUGCUAUCAAGCGAUGAGAAAAUAUCAUAUCCAGGGUUGUCUGACUGAUACGCUACUUGGAGGGGUCUACCCCUCCAUUAUAUCUGUAUCCUUAUUCAUGAUCAUGGUUAUAUUCGGUGUCUAGCUAUAAUGUCGCCCUCCAA